GGGGGGUCCUGGUAAAACAUAUAAAUACCUACAUUAUUAGCAACAAAUUGUUCACUGGUAAAAUCAACACCAUGAAAUUCCUUCUGAUCUGUGUGCUCCUCGGGGCAGCUGCUGCCUUGGAUGAUGACAAGAUCGUUGGAGGAUAUACCUGUGGCGCCUACUCUCAGCCCUGGCAGGUAUCUCUGAACUCCGGAUAUCACUUCUGUGGUGGAUCCCUCAUCAACUCCCUGUGGGUGGUCUCUGCUGCUCACUGCUACAAGGCGAGCAUGCAAGUCAGACUCGGAGAGCACAACAUCGCUGUCUCUGAGGGCACCGAGCAGUUCAUCAACUCUGCCAAGGUCAUCAGAAAUGCUGCAUACAACUCCAGAACCCUGGACAACGACAUCAUGUUGGUCAAGCUGGCCUCUCCCGCCACCCUCAACUCCUACGUCAAGAGCGUGCCUCUGCCCGGUGGUUGCGCUGCUGCCGGCACCAACUGUGUGAUCUCCGGAUGGGGCAAUACCCUUAGCAGUGGAACCAGCAUGCCUAACCUCCUGCAGUGUGUGAACGCCCCCAUCCUGACUUCCGCCCAGUGCAGCAACGCCUACCCCGGAGAGAUUACCGGCAACAUGAUCUGCGUUGGCUACCUGGAGGGAGGCAAGGAUUCCUGCCAGGGUGACUCUGGUGGCCCCGUGGUGUGUAACGGACAGCUCCAGGGUAUUGUCUCCUGGGGAUACGGCUGUGCCCUGAGGAACUACCCCGGUGUCUACACCAAGGUCUGCAACUACAACUCCUGGAUCGCCAGCACUCAGGCUGCCAACUGAACUUUCAACUGAAAUACUUAUUCAGAUCAUUCUAUUCUCUGCUUCUAGAAUACAUCAAAUGAUGUGCUAGGCUCAGACUUUACACCUACAUUCUGUAAUGACCGAAUAAACAUAUUUCUUUAUAUAAAA